AAGCCCUUUUGGGUGAAGAUUUGGGGAAAACAGACAUUAGUCUCAUACCAUGGGGGACUGGAAUUUAUUGGGUGGCAUCCUAGAGGAAGUUCACUCUCACUCAACUAUAGUGGGGAAAAUCUGGCUGACCAUUCUCUUCAUUUUCCGAAUGCUGGUACUUGGUGUGGCUGCUGAAGAUGUCUGGGAUGAUGAACAGUCAGCAUUUGCCUGCAAUACCCAGCAGCCCGGUUGCAACAAUAUCUGUUAUGAUGAUGCUUUCCCUAUCUCUUUGAUCAGGUUCUGGGUUUUACAGAUCAUUUUUGUGUCUUCUCCUUCUCUGGUGUAUAUGGGCCAUGCACUUUAUAGACUCAGGGCCUUUGAGAAGGAGAGGCAGAAGAAAAAGUCACACCUCCGAGUCCAGAUGGAGAAUCCAGAGCUUGAACUGGAGGAGCAACAAAGGAUAGAUAGAGAGCUGAAGAGGUUAGAGGAGCAGAAGAGAAUCCAUAAAGUCCCUCUGAAAGGAUGUCUGCUGCGUACUUAUGUCUUACACAUCUUGACAAGAUCUGUGAUGGAAGUAGGGUUCAUGAUAGGCCAAUAUAUUCUCUAUGGGUUUCAAAUGCAUCCCCUUUACAGAUGCACUCAACCCCCUUGCCCUAAUGCAGUGGAUUGCUUUGUAUCCAGGCCCACAGAGAAGACAAUUUUCAUGCUCUUUAUGCACAGCAUUGCAGCCAUAUCUUUGUUCCUCAAUGUACUGGAAAUAUUUCAUCUUGGAAUCAGGAAAAUUAUGAGGGCACUUUAUGAGAAAUCCAGCAAUGAGGGCAUUGAGAAUGAAAGUGGCACCCCAUUCCAUUUGAAAAAAUAUUCAGUGGCUCAGGAGUGUAUAAUUUGCUCUCCCUUGCCUAAAAGAAUCUCUCUACUUCAAGCCAACAAUCAACAGCAAGUCAUUCGAGUCAAUGUGCCGAAGUUUAAAACCAUGUGGCAAAGCUCACAGCCCAUGCAACUUGAAGUAGACCCUUGCUGUGUUAAAAAAGAGUGGGUUGAGAAGGAUCAGCACAGUGGACAGCUCCAUGUCCACAGCCCCUGUCCCUGGGAUGAUGACGCUCAAAUUCAGCACCCUAGACAGCAAACAAGCCUUUCCUGUGUCCGGCAAAACGGCAACUCCCACUCCUGGCUAGGUACAGAGAUAGCUCCUAGACACUGCCCAUCCUAUGCAACAGGAGCCUGGGACCAGUCCCAGGAUCGACGAACCUCAGGAGAGCCUCUCACAGAUUUGCACAGUUACUGUAGAGACAGCGAUAGCAGUGUGAGAAAGAGUGGGGUCUGGACAGACAGAUCUCACCCAGGCAGUCGCAAGGCCAGCUUUCUGUCCAGAUUGCUGUCUGAAAAGGGACAGUUGCACAGUGACUCAGGAAGCUCCAGUUCUCGGAAUAGCUCUUGCUUGGACCUUCUGCACCGGGAAAAUAGCCCCUUGCCUCUGCCUUCAGCCACUGGGUAUAGAACAUCAAUGAACAUGCUUCUAGAACUUUCAUCUAUUAUGAAAAAAUAA